AGUGACUCUCUUUUCCCUCCAAACCAAACCAAACCAGGCAGUACAAAGAUUACUGAUUGACAGUCAUCAGCUUGUUCUUCUCCUCUGUGUCAGCCAAUCACCACCUCAGCAAAGAUGGCAUCAGUCUUUCCGUUUGCUUUGUUGCUCUGUUUGUCCAGUGGACUGAUGACUGCUUAUGGUGCACCUCCCUGCCCUACUGAUUGGACUCAGUUUGGCUCCCGCUGUUUUGCUUUCUACAUCCAGACAAAGACCUGGAUCGAUGCAGAGACCUUCUGCAUCUCCGCUGGUGGGAAUCUGGCUUCCAUCCACUCUGAUGCAGAACAUGGAUUCCUCAAAUCCUUCAUUCACCAAGUGACCGGUGCACACACAACUUCCUGGAUCGGAGGCUUUGACGCAGUGAAGGAGGGUACGUGGAUGUGGACUGAUGGAUCCAAAUUCAACUACAAAAGCUGGGGUGCUGGGGAGCCUAACAACUGCUGUGGAGGGGAAAGCUGUCUUAUGAUGAACUGGAGAGAUAACUGGAACGACGCGGCUUGUACCUACCAGGCUUCUUUCGUGUGCUCCAAGAACCUGUGGGUGUAACUCUACCACACCAUCAUGAUGCCUCUCCAGCUCAUCUAUAAUCUCUAUCAUUGAUUCACUUUCAGUUUGUUCAGCAGACAGAAACAGCUCUCUGCUGACAGAUGACUCACUUUCACUUGUUUAU